AUAACCUAAAUUCAAAAUUCCAUCAGUCUGUAUGUCACUGUUCGAUUCUUGGAAAACUUCUAGAACUAAUGUAUGAGUUAUUUUGAAAUUUUUUUGUGAUUUGUAGAGGAAGUGCAACAACAUAAAUACAAACAUUUCAGAUGAUGACAAAACUGUGAGUCACAACGAAUGAAGAAUCUGGAGUUCACGUUAUGGAAUUAGUUCCUGAAUUAGUGUUAUUUGGAAAGAUAAAUACAAAAAUUUACAAUGUUUGUUUGGGGUAGCACUGUACAUGGUGAACUUGGGGUGGGAGGUAUCGAAGAUGAGCAUAUCUUAGUCCCACAGAAAUUGGAUUGGUUUGAAUCCGGAAAUGUAAUAUCUACUGCCUUAGGAGAUUACCAUACAUUAUUACUCACAGUUGAUGGAAAAGUUUAUUCUUGUGGAGACAAUGAUUAUGGUCAAUUAGGUCAUGAAUUACCAAGAAAAAGGCCACGUAUGUCCUCCUUUAACCCGGUAAGUGGUCUUGAUGCCCAUUUCAUAGUAGCAGUUGCCUGUGGAAAAGCACAUUCCUUAGCCCUUAAUAAGUGGGGACAAGUUUUUGCUUGGGGCUCUGACUCAUGUGGACAACUAGGACAUCAAUUGGGUCAAGUGAUACAACCAGUUCCGAAAAUAGUGAAAAGUAUGGCUAAAUACCAUGUUGUCCAAAUAGCUUGUGGUAGCCUUCAUUCUGUUGCUCUUUGUAAUAGUGGCGAAAUUUUAUGUUGGGGUGGAAAUUCCUUUGGGGAACUUGGAAUUGGGCAUACAUCAGUAUGUGAACCCACUCCUGUUUUAUUGACGUCUUUGUUAGGCAUACCAUUUGCUUUCAUCUCUUGUGGAUCUCAUCAUACUUUUGCCCUUUCUAAAUCUGGAGCGGUUUUUGGAUGGGGAAAAAACAUUCAAGGACAACUAGGAUUGAAUGAUACGAAAAAUAAAGUUUUUCCUUGUCAUCUUAGGACGCUUAGAAGUAUCAAAGUAAGGUACAUGAAUUGUGGAGAGGAUUAUUCCACCUUUCUCACAUUAGAUGGUGGAGUCUUCAGUUGUGGAUCUGGUACAAAUGGACAACUUGGACAUGGCACCACUAGUAACGAGAUUCUUCCAAAGCAAAUUUUUGAAUUGAUGGGUUCUACCAUCACACAAAUUUCUUGCGGGCGUAAACAUACCUUAGCAUUUGUUCCAUCUGGUGGUCGAGUUUAUAGCUUUGGGGUUGGAGGAUCCGGACAAUUAGGCCUAAAAAAAACUACUAACACCAAUACACCACAAGUGGUGAAGUUUCCAUGGCUACCUACAAGUGGGACAUCUUCAACUUCAAUGAUAAAAAAUGAAAAGUAUGACAUCCAAAGGAUAUUUGCUGGCGGUGAUCGUUCCAUUGUUUUGGUCAAAAGUCACAGUGACAAAAAUAGUCCAUAUGACUGCAGAUACUAUGAGAAGAAUAGUCAGAUAGAGCAAGUGAAUGUUGAAUAUAUGAAAGGAUAUUUGAAUUGUGAUAAUGACACAACAAUGGAUCAGGAUUUCAUGAGUUACUUGGAAGUCGUAUUCAAAAGUUUGCAGUGUUUGAACGGAUCAUUUCUUUUAAGUAAUAAUGCUCACUAUUGGUGCACCAGCAAGCAUCAUGGUGUUGACAUGGAGUUAGCUGAAAAAUGCUUCUCCCUCAUAGGAAAAUAUGAAAAUGAUACUAUCAAAGAAAUUAUAUGGAAUGGUAUUGUGGAUGACGUAUUACCUAAAUUAUCACAUUCACCUCCUGAUGUUGAAACAUUAAGAAUAUAUUUAAUUUUACCUCUUUAUCAUGAGUUUAAUAAUCCGAGACAGCACCAGAAGUUGCAUAAACCAUUUGCAAAUGCCUUAUUAAACUUAGGGAGAACUGCUAGUUUAGUAGUUGGUGGAUGGUGGAGAUCGAUGACACCAGAAUAUUUCGAAAAAUGUGUUAACAUAUUUAAGUCUGUGGUGCCUUUCAUAUUGAGAACUCAGAAAAUACCUGAGAAUAAGACUGUUUUUUACGAUCCAAGUCUUGUUGCCAUGUUGGAUAUAUUGUCAUUCUUGAACAAACUCAAUCAUUUAGGUGAUGGUUUUAUUGUACCAUACAACACAUUUCAUUUAUCUGAUUUGAGUGAUUAUGUUGACAUUAGAGUGGAUUAUCUUUUAUGGCUCACCGAUUCAACUGCUGGAAAAUUGUUCUUGUGUAAUUAUCCAUUCAUUUUUGACGCCCAAGCUAAAACCCAACUAUUGGAGACCGACCAAUCUAUUCAGAUGCAAAACGCCAUGCAAAGUGCUGCUCAUGAAGCAUUUCUAUCUUUGCUGUUGCAACCAUCGUUACCGAUGAGCGUGAAUCAGUAUUUAGUAUUGAACAUUGACAGACGAAAUAUAGUAUCAGAUACACUCAGAGAAUUGUCAGCCGUAUCCCCCAGUGAUCUGAAGAAACCGUUGAAGGUUAAAUUUUUAGGAGAGGAGGCAGAGGAUGCUGGUGGUGUCAGCAAAGAAUUUUUUCUGUUAGUUAUUAGGCGGAUUUUAGAUCCGGAUUAUGGAAUGUUCGUAGAAUAUGAAGAAACUAGGGCAUUAUGGUUUUCAAAGAAGUAUUAUGAAGAUGUAAAUGUUUACGGACUCAUAGGCAUGAUCCUAGGACUGGCUAUUUAUAAUUUCACAAUUAUCAAUACACCUUUUCCUUUGGCACUAUACAAAAAACUGUUAGAUGAACCAAUAGUACUAAGUGACUUGAAAGGUUUAAAACCAACAGUAUGCGAAUCCUUACAAAAGAUCCUAGAGUAUGAUGGGGAUGAUUUUGUUGAUACAUUUUGUUUAACCUUCACAAUUACUGAAGAUAUCUAUGAUGAAAGAAAAGAAGUACCAUUGAAAACCAAUGGUGAGAAAAUUCCUGUUACCCAGGAAAAUAAACAGGAAUAUGUGCAGUUAUACAUAGACUACAUAUUCAACGAAUCGGUGAAAGUUGAGUAUGAAACAUUCCACGAUGGUUUUAUGAAGGUUUGUGGAGGAAGGGUUCUCAAGCUAUUUCAUUCCCACGAAUUGAUGGCUGUUGUGGUUGGGAAUGAAAACUAUGAUUGGCAUGCAUUGGAAGAGGCAACAGAAUAUAAGAAUGGCUUUGAAUCAUCCAGUCAAACCAUAAGAUGGUUUUGGGAGGUCAUUCAUGAAAUGAGUUUGGCUGACAAAAGAAAAUUUUUGCUAUUUUUGACUGGUAGUGACAGGAUACCCAUUCAAGGCAUGGGGGCUAUCAAGAUCAUUAUACAGAAAACUAACGAUGAUAAAUACUUACCUGUGGCUCAUACCUGCUUCAACCUCUUAGAUUUACCAGAAUACAGAACAAAAGAAAGAUUGAGAUAUAAGCUCAUGCAAGCAAUACAGCAGACUGAAGGAUUUUCUCUUGUCUAACAUUAUCAAUCAAAUGUAUAUUUGAUAUGAGUUUUUUCAACAUGAACUCAAUGCGGCAUAUUUGUUAUAUUUAUUAGACACUGACUUUUCAAAUUUCUAAGAUCUGGUUAUAUGAAGAAUAAUUUUUUUAAGGCAAUUCUUUUUGACUAAAUGAUCUUUUCCUACUAUUUUUAUAAAAUAAUGUAGAUAUCGAAGGUGCAGUUUUGCCAAACACUUUCUGAAUUAAUAAAGCAACUUGAAAUAUA